UCAUUCAUGUCUGGGGGAUGAGUAGUUUUGAAAACAAGUGUGGUGUCGUGACCUGUUGUGUAUUAUUUUGGCUCGUUUUCACGUAAAAUGGACUCCUUGCGCGAGCAGGUGAUGAUCAAUCAGUUUGUUUUGGCAGCAGGCUGUGCCAGAGAACAAGCAAAACAAUUGCUGCAAGCGGCACAUUGGCAGUUUGAGACGGCGCUGAGCAUCUUCUUCCAGGAGGCGGCCGUUCCCAGCUGUCCGCAGCCGCCAGGCUCCAAUUUUGGACAGCAGGUAUGCACACCAUGCAACACCCCAGCAACACCACCAAAUUUUCCUGAUGCACUACUGGCAUUCUCUAGGAUGUCCACAGGGGAUAAACUUAGCUCCUCACCAUCAGGAAUCUGCUCAACAUCUCCAAAUCAUACUUCGCUUCAGCAUCAGCAGCAACACCACCAGCAACAACAACAACAACAACAACAACAACAACCACAAUCACAACAGCACAUCUUUGGGUCACAGUUCCAAUCACAAAAUCAAGUGCAUCAUCCCAGUAAUACUGGUGUUGGCAUUAAUUUGCAGAGAUAGAUGAGCAGUAAAGACAACUUUAGAUGUUUUCUGUGUGUGCGUGUGAAAUAAACCCCCUCAGACUGUGAUGUAAUGGCAAAAAGUGGGGAGGAACAGUACUGAAGUACAAGAAGAGGAAAAGAUUUGACUUUGGGACCAGAAGAUAUUCUUCUGUGGUGUCCAUCAUCACAACUAUUUCUGUGACUAGCAAAUGUUGAAAUUCUUUACAAUGCUUAGACAAUAAAUAAUAGCCAGUAAUAGUCUGUGUGUGUUUGGAUCAGAUUGUAGGAUUAAUCGGACACGUUAAUACAUAUCUGCUGCACAUAAGGUAGCGGGAAAUGGGGGACUUUACCAAAAACAGUCAACUAUGGUGGAUAUCAUGUUAAGCAUGUGCAAAAAAUAUAUACUUAAAAUAUUUUAAUUGUUUAUCAAUUUACCUUAUGUUGACUUGGAACAAUAUGGCUGUAAUUCUCCUCCUGUCGUUGAUAGUUUUCUGUUGCUUCUUAUAAAUAUUGUAUAAUAUUUUAUAAAUAUUUAUAAGGCACAAGAAUGAAACUAAUGACAUCAGUAAAUUGUGGUAAAAAUUGUUUGUAUAUAAUUAUAUAUAUAUUAAUUGUUAAAUCUUUUUUCUAUAUUUGCAAGACAUACUUACUGAUUACAUUGUGUAACAAAGGUGCUCCUAAUAGGUUUAAUUUGCUUUGUCAGUGAUGUAUGUAAAACAUAAAGCUCGAUGUAAAUAGAGUAUAAAUUAUUGAAUGACUGGCCAAAAGGCACAUAAUAUCACUGAUAUCAAAAAGCAUAUAACUGAUGUAGUUUUUAGCAGAUCAAUAUCUGUGUGUAAUUGUGAUCAUCUGUACAAAAAAAGAAAGUGCAAACAGUGGUGUUCUGAUCGCUAUAGAAAUCGCAAAGAAAGAUUUUCUUGCUCUGA